AUGCGGUCAAGUCGUCAGGCGAGAAGUAGUCUUUCUCGUCAGCCUACACAUUUAAGAAAAGGUUUGAAAUCAGAAGAACUCCAGAAGUACUUCACCACUAAAGGAUUAAAUGAUUAUUAUAAAAUUCCUGAUUCUGAAUUUCCAUCCCAAAGAACUGAAAUCAUGACAAUAGAAUGCAAAAUUGAAUCCAAUUUAAUAUUUGAAGAAAUUUUUCAUGACGCACACUUUAAACUUUCCAAAUAUCUUACUGUCAAAGAUUCUCUAAACCUGAGCCAGUGCUCAAAUAGGUUGAGGUCAAUUUACAGUCAGAUUGUUUGGAAAACAUGUGGCAUUUUUUGGAACAGAGAAAUUUCACACAGAAACCCCCCAGAACUCCGUAAUCCGAUGCAUACUAGCGAGCUCGAGCAAUAUCCUUUUAUUAACGCUUAUAUUUUCUUUGCACCAGAGACUUAUGGAUGGAAGCAUAGAGUUAAUAUACGCCGACUUAUAGUUGUUAUUCCACAUGAAAGGGUUUUGACACAGUUUUUCAAAAGGUCAAGAUUUUUUAGACCAGAAUUGUAUCCAGCUCUUGAAGAAGUUGUGAUUGUUUCUUAUUCCACAAACUCGACAGAAGUUGCAGUUGAUUCGCAAAGUUUUAUUUUCACUUCACCCUUUUAUAUUUCUUUAUGGAGAUAUUAUAUGAGCAUGCCAGAACCCAAGCUUCGAAUUUUAAUCAGAAAAUUUAACGAUAUGUCAUCGGGAAAGUUGUUCAACUGUGGCGCCAUUAAAGACUUUAUUCAAGAUCUUACAUUAGAACACUAUGACGAACCGCCUCCAAUUGAAAAUGUUGAUUUCUGUUUCCCAAACUUGAUGUCACUUGAAAUAAAAAAUAUGGAUCCUUCAUUUGCUAAUUACGUGUUGAGUAAUCUUGAUCAAAUUCCCAAGUUGGAAAAUUUGAUUUUCCAUUUGGGUAUAAUUUUAUUAGAAGACCCACCGUACGAAGAUACUCGAGUAAUCAUGGAGCGAUCAAUUCAAGCACUGUCGACAGUAGAAAAACAGAUAAAAAGAGUUACCUUGGAGUUGUUUCCCAUUUUACCUAUGACCCAUAUUAGAUUCGAUGGAAGAAAGUUCAUGAUAGUUGAUGGCUCUAUUGAACUCAAAGCAGUCACCUUUCUGGUUGAUUCUAAAGCUCACAAUAUGGCAAACUUUGCCAUGAGAUAUCUUAAACUCCCACAAUUGAGUGUAAUGUGCUGUACAGCCUUUACCAAGAUUAGGUAUCCACAAAUAACUCCAGAGGUUACCAUUAUUCCUGAAACAGUUACCUGCUUUGAUUGGGUUCUGGGAACAGAUCUAAACUCAUUUAUUUUGGAUGGUAUUAAGAAACUGAAAGGCUUGAAAAAAUUUUCAGUUACAAUUGAUGAAAAUGGGCCAUCACUUUGGGAAGAUAGAGUUUGGUAUGUUGAGAUGAUUUCGUACCUUUCGUACAAGUUUCACGUCAAUAAGAGCUUGGAACCCCAGGAUAUUGAAGAUGUCAUAUUGUUCCAAAAGAUUAGAUUUGGAAAGGAUGUUAAAACAUUGGCGCGAAUGGCUUUAUCUACAGAGUCGUUGUUGAAUAACUGGAUUGAUAACCCGCUUGGGUUUAACAAGGAUCGGUCAAUAUUUCUCCCCAAACUUUUGGAUAAUAUGUUUUUGCUGGAGAGUCUUUUUCAACAAGUAAUAUUGAUGCCUUUGGAAUAUUUUUCCUUCACGUCAGCACGUUUAAUUUAUCCGUCGCUUUGGUUGCAACGGUUGUUGAGUGAUACUGGCAAAAGCAUUAAGCAAAUAUUGGUUGAUGUGCACCGAAAUGAUCCCAAUACUGAGUUUUUUUCAAUGCCGCAUUGUGUUCCAUGCAGCAAUAGAUUUUUAUAUGAAACAAAUUUUAAAUCUUUUUUGUUUGAUUGUCAGCUUGAGCGCACGUUUCACUCCGAAUAUGGUGUUCUCUUGGAAGUAAAUAGGAUUGAUAUCCUAGAAGAAGAGUUUAACGGUUGGAUUAACUAG